AUGGCGGAUGAAAAAUACGAUGCAGUUCUUUUUUCACUGGCGCAACAGUUGCCCGGAGGUGUCCCGGAAUUUUUCGAUGUUCUGUUCAGCUUUUUGGCAAGGAAAACUGACUUCUACACUGGUGCCUCUGGACCUGAAGAAGCACGAAACUUACUUAUGAAGUAUUUCGAGAAACAUGGCAAAGAGGCAGCGGAGAAAGCAGCAGAACUUAAAAGAAAAAAGGAAGAAGAGGAGAGGAAACUCGCAGCACGACGGGCAGCUCAGAAGGCUAAGGAGGAAGAAGAGUUCAGGGCAGCGAAAGAAAGGAUUGAGCGUCAGGUUCAAGAAGUGACGGCAAGAGAAAAGAAUGAGAGCAAGGUUGAAGAAGUAACGGCAACAGAAAAGAACGAGAGUAAGAUUCAAGAAAUAACGGAAUGCCGAAGCCGAAGAAUUUGA